CAGGUAUACAAUUGUGUAAUCGCAAAGUGUGUGUGUGUGUGUGUGUGUGUGUGUGUGUGGUUGGGGGGGGGGUCGUUUGUUGGGGUUGGGUGAUGCCUCAGUGGUAUGUGGGUAUGUGUAAACAGUAAUAUGACUUCCACUCGAAUAUGUUACUCAAUCAUGACUCUUCUUCAGUGGUCUGUAUACUUCAGUCCUCUUUCUCUCUCUCUCUCUCUCUCUCCCUCUCUCUCUCUCUCUGUCUCUGUCUAUAUCUUACCUCUUACUCCUGUAGUGUUUCAUCCUCACUGAUCUCCGAGGACAAAUCUCAUUUAUAAAUACCUCUGAAAAUGUAUCUCCAGAACUACUCAUCACCCCAUGUCCCUUCUGUUAAGGGCAUUUCCAGUUCAGUAGAAAUGUAUUUCAGUUGCUUUAAUAACGAUGUGAAAUUUGAAUGCGUCAUUUGGUUCAUUAAUGUUUGCUUAAAGAGCUGACUUGUCUGCGUACAUGGUUUGUUUUUGAGGGGGGGUUUUCCACACAGUGGAAGGAAAACACUGAUUAUUUACUGGACUAUAAUUUCUGCAGUCAUAAAACAAAUCAUAACUUAUGAAAAUAGAAUAAUCGAAAAUGACUUGUAUUUGAAGAAUUACUAAAUUUGUUUCAUGUGUGUAUGGAGUGUGUGUAAUGUAGGACCUAUUUUGUGUAGUUUUAUUUUUUUAGUUAAAUGUACUUGAUUUUACUAGAUUUGAAUUGUGUACAUAUCACUACUUGUCUAGCUUAGUAAUAUUCUUUAUGCUUAUAAGGGAAUCAUGAAGCCAAAUUCCUUCAUAUCUUCAUUUUGCCACGGGGUCUAAAUCCAAACCCCACUAAAUGGCGAUUCCUAAUACGAAAGCACGGACCACUCAAUGAUCACGGCAGUGCGAGUCAUCAAAACAACACCUUUUGGUCAAAUUAAAUUGGAGCACAAUUUCCUGUUACAUUUAUAUAGUGUAUAUUUCUCUUUCAUCUAGAUGAUGAAGCAUCAGUUCAGCAGUGUGUCUGGGUAAAAGCACUGUCUAAAGAAAAUCAAGCAUUCACCUCCCAAAAAUUCUUAUCGACAUGCUAAAGAUAGCAGGGGCAAUGUAGAGACAAUGUGAUAUAAUAAUAUAAUUUAUUUUCGUAUGCUUUUAAAAACUAGUUCUAACGAUGCGUGUAUGGAUGUGGCCGUUCAGCUAAAUGGCCGAGUUGUUUUGUACUGUGUAGCUGUAUCUGUUAAGUUGUUGGUUUUUCAUUGUAGCAAGGAUACUUGUGCAUGAGAGAGAUGUGAUCUGUUCAUUUCCUGUUGUUUUAAUAAAUGUUUCUGAAUCCUAA